AGUCAAUUGUUUUUCUGCAAGUUGGCCUGCAUGCAGAGAGGGGAUUAACACAAUCUGAUUAGCGGUGCGAGCUGAGCGCAGAGCCACACGCCGGCUUCGAGCUGACCUGCAGUACUGGCUCUGCUCCGUUCCUGUAGUUUUUAUUUUUAAUCUUCAUUAGAUGUCGUUGAGCGUCUCUGUUCUCCUUUUAAGUCUCAUGACCUACUGGUGACCUCUGGGGUCAACUGGGCGGAGUCAUGGAUACGGUCAGCCAGGUCCGGCUUCUGCUGUGGAAAAACUGGACCCUUCGCAAGAGACAGAAGAUUCGCUUCCUUGUUGAAAUCCUGUGGCCUGUGGCUCUCUUCACCGGUUUGGUCUGGCUGAGAAAAGCAAAUCCUUUGUAUCAGCAGCACGAAUGUCAUUUCCCAAACAAAGCAAUGCCCUCAGCGGGCGUCUUGCCCUGGAUCCAGGGGAUUUUCUGCAACGCCAACAACCCAUGCUUCCGGUACCCCACCCGCGGGGAGGCCCCUGGCGUCGUUUCAAACUACAACAAUUCUGUUCUAGCCAGGCUCUACACAGACACCCAGGAGCUGCUCUUCAGUGACCCAGAUUUCCAGCACUUGGCCAGGGUGUGGAGAGAGCUCUCUGCCAUGAGCGACUUUAUGGACACCCUCCGCAACGACCCGUCUCAGAUAUCAGGUCGGGGCCUGAAAAUAGAGGAGAUUCUCAAGGAUGACGAGCUUCUCACGUCUUUCCUCCUGAGAGACAUGGGGUUGUCCCAGUCGGUCGUCCAUCAACUGGUGAAGGCCCAAGUGCGGCCCGAGCAGUUCGCCUUCGGAGUGCCAGAUUUCACCCUGAAGGACAUCGCCUGCAGCCAGGCCCUGCUGGAACGCUUUAUCAUCUUCCAGAGCCGGAGAGGGAUGAACGCCGUCCACAACGCCAUGUGCGCCCUCUCCCAGCAGAGGCUGCAGAAGAUCGAGGAUGCGCUCUACGCCAACGUAGACUUCUUCAAGUUGUUUCAACUGCUGCCCCAGCUGCUGGACGAGCGCUCUCCCGGCAUCGACCUGCACUUCUGGGGCCGCGUGCUGAACUCCACGUCCGAGAAGCUGCAGGAGCUCACAGAGAGGAGUAGUUCCAAGGACCUCCUGCGGACGCUGUCACCGCUCUUCCAGGAGGGGACACUCUCCUCUUUCACUCAGAUGCUCAGCGUGGUGUCCGACCUGUUCUGCGGGUACCCCGGGGGGGGUGGCUCGCGUGUUUUUUCCUUUAACUGGUAUGAGGACAACAACUACAAAGCCUUCCUGGGCAUCAAUGGCAGCCGGAGCCGUGACAGCUAUCUGUACGACAAAACUGCCACACCUUUCUGCAAUGUGCUCAUGCAGAGCCUUGAGUCCAACCCUGUCACCCGAAUGUUGUGGUCCUCAGUCAAGCCGCUGCUCAUGGGAAAGAUCCUGUAUACCCCAGACUCUCCUGCCGUGCGGAGGAUCCUGAAAAGUGCAAACACCACCUUUGAGCAGCUGGAGCGCUUGAGGAACAUGGGCAGGACCUGGGAGGAAGUAGGCCCCCAAAUCUGGGACUUCUUCCAGAACAGCAUACAGAUGAACAUGAUCCGCGAUACCAUUAGAAAUCCCACAGUGAAGAACCUUAUUAAUAGGAAUCUUAAGGAUAGAAGGAUCUCAUCCAGUGACAUCCUGAACUUUUUCUAUAAUGGACCGGAAGCUGAUCGUGAGGGGGGUAUGCCCAGCUUUGACUGGAGGAACGUCUUCAACCUGACUGACCGGAUCAUCCGCUUGCUCAACCAGUAUGGGGAGUGUGUCAACUUGGACAAGUUUGUAGCCCACACAGACGAGGACCAGAUGACCUUCCAGGCCCUGUACCUUCUUGAGGAGAACAAGUUCUGGGCUGGCCUUGUCUUCCUGGACAUGUACCCCUGGACCUCCAGGGUGCCACCUCACGUCAGAUUCAAGAUACGCAUGGACAUUGAUGCUGUGGAGCGCACCAACAAAAUCAAGGACAGAUACUGGGAUCCAGGCCCCAGAGCAGACCCCGUGGAAGACUUGCGGUAUGUUUGGGGAGGGUUUGCCUACCUGCAGGACAUGUUGGAGCACGGCAUCCUCAAGCUACAUACUGGUCAGGACUGGCCAAUGGGCGUCUACCUGCAGCAGAUGCCCUACCCCUGCUACGUGGACGAUCUCUUCAUGCUGACGCUAAACCGCUGCUUCCCCAUCUUCAUGGUGCUGGCUUGGGUCUACUCUGUAUCCAUGACCGUCAAGGGCAUCGUGCUGGAGAAGGAGAUGAGGCUCAAGGAGAUGCUGAAGGCCAUGGGCGUCACCAACGGAGUCAUAUGGUGCACCUGGUUCAUCGACAGCUUUCUCAUGAUGGCCAUCAGCACCAGCCUGCUCACCACCAUCGUCAUGUGGGGGAGAGUGUUGAACUACAGCAACCCGAUCAUCCUCUUCCUCUUCCUGCUCACCUUCACUGUGGCGACCAUCACGCAGUGCUUCCUCAUUAGCGUCUUCUUCAACAAGGCCAACCUGGCAGCAGCUUGCAGUGGCAUCCUCUACUUCACCUUCUACCUGCCACACAUCCUCUGCUUCGCCUGGCAGGACCGCAUCACCAGGAACCUGAAGAUCGCGGUGAGCUUGUUGUCGCCGGUCGCUUUCGGCUUCGGCACAGAGUACCUCUCCCGCUAUGAGGAGCAGGGCUUGGGUCUGCAGUGGGACAACCUCAAGACCAGCCCACUGGAAGGAGACGAGUUCUCCUUCCUCAUCUCAAUCCGCAUGAUGGUGUUAGAUACCUUUCUGUACGCCGUACUUGCCUGGUACCUUGACAACAUCUUCCCAGGGCAGUAUGGCAUUGGGAGGCCAUUCUAUUUCCUGUUGCAACCCUCAUACUGGCGUGGAUCUCGGCCGUCGAGAGUCGAUUCAAAAGAACCAGCAGGGAAGCCAGACCCCAAGAAGCCGGACUUCGGGAAGCCAGAGAAGCAGGAGGACGUGGGGGUGGCAGCCAAGUUGGGGGUCAAGGGCCCCGCGGAGCCUGAUAAGAAGUUGUGCAAACACAGGGAGAAGCGUGAGAAACUGGAUCGGGAGAGAGAAACGCAGCUGGGGGGAGAGCAGGAGCAGGACCAGGACGGUCCGGCCUCAGAGGAAAGUGGGGCGGCAGGUGGCUCCUACUUUGAGUCUGAUCCGGUAGGCCUUACCGUUGGUGUGGUCAUAGAGAACCUGGUGAAGGUGUUCGAUCAGAGCACACGGCCGGCCGUGGAUUGUCUGAAUAUCACCUUCUUUGAAGACCAGAUCACCUCAUUCCUCGGUCAAAAUGGGGCUGGAAAGACGACCACCAUGUCGAUCCUAACUGGCCUGUUCCCACCCACCUCAGGGACGGCCUACAUUAACGGGAAGGACAUCCGCACGGACAUGGACUCUAUUCACCAGUCGCUGGGCAUGUGCCCCCAGCACAAUAUCCUCUUCAACCAGUUGACCGUGGAGGAGCAUAUCCUGUUCUACUCCCUGCUGAAAGGCCGACUGGCAGCUGCGGCCUUGCAGGAGGUGGAGGACAUGCUGGAGGACCUGGGGCUUCCGCAUAAGAGGAGCGAAGAGGCGCAGAACCUGUCAGGGGGCAUGCAGAGGAAGCUGUCUGUUGCCAUGGCGUUCGUAGGGGGCUCCAAGGUGGUCAUUCUGGAUGAGCCCACCUCUGGAGUGGAUCCCUACUCAAGGAGGUCAAUCUGGGAUCUUUUGCUGAAAUAUCGCUCAGGUCGGACGGUCAUCCUCUCCACCCACCACAUGGAUGAGGCGGACCUCCUGAGUGACCGUGUGGCCAUCAUCUCCCAGGGCCGCCUGUGCUGCUGCGGCUCCCCACUCUUCCUCAAAAGCCGCUUCAGUGAGGGCUUCUACCUCACGCUUGUACGCCGAAUUAAAAAUCUGAGGAAGGAGAACCAGUGUGACUGCACAUCUGAGUGUUCCUGCAGUUGCUCCACUUGUGCCAAGUACAAAGAGGAGAACCGAACCCACCCUCAAGCCCUAGAGCAGGCCUUGGAUGGCGACGUGGACAGCAUAACUAGCCUGAUCCACCACCACGUUCCGGACGCCAAGCUCCUUGAGCUGAUUGGCCAGGAGAUGACCUACCUGCUUCCAAACAAGGACUUCAAACACAGGUCCUAUGCCAGCCUCUUCCGGGAGCUGGAGGAGACGCUCUCUGACAUGGGCCUGAGCAGUUUUGGCGUGUCUGACACCUCCUUGGAAGAGGUAUUCCUCAAGGUUACUGCUGAAGGAGAAGCGACUAACAGCAGUGUGGCUAAAGAGACUAACGGGGCCGUGCUGGCUAGCAGUGGAGCAAACCCCAACACCUUAGCUGACAGCGCCGGGAGGGGGACACGGCAGGUCAAGGGGGCAGGGCUGGUUGUGAAGCAGUUCUUUGCUCUGCUGAUGAAGAGGUUCCAGCAUGCCACACGCAGCCAAAAAGACUUCCUGGCCCAGAUUGUUUUGCCGGCAAGCUUCGUACUUCUGGCCCUGAUUUUCACACUCAUCAUUCCCCCGUUCGGCGAAUACCCCAGCCUGCCCCUCACGCCCUGGAUGUACGGCCAGCAGUUUACCUUCAUCAGCAACGAGCUGCCAAACAAUGCGAAGACGAAGCAUUUUACAGAGAGUCUGUUGAUGCGUCCUGGGUUCGGGACCCGCUGCAUUGGAAAUCAGCCGCUUGGGAUGCCUCCCUGUGCUAACAUCACCACGGAGUGGGAGGUGCCACUUCUCUCCCCCAUUGCCUUAAACAUCCUGCAGAGUCCCGAUUGGACCAUACUCAACCCCUCCCCCAGCUGCCAGUGCAGCACCAGAAAGAAGCUUACCAUGCUGCCAGUCUGCCCCCCAGGGGCCGGAGGCCUGCUCCCCCCGCAGACACCCUGUAUGUACUCCAUGCCCCAGUCACAGGAUUCUCGUGUCUCUCAUGCUGUGCAGCGUAUACAGUCCACAGGGGAUGUACUUUUGGACCUCACCAACAGGAACAUCUCGGACUAUCUGGUCAAAACCUACCCAACCCUCAUUAAGACCAGCUUGAAGAGCAAAUACUGGGUGAAUGAACAGAGAUACGGGGGCAUCUCUGUUGGAGGCCAGCUUCCCGUUCUUGACGUGGGUCCCAAAGACAUCCAGAAGGUCCUUACUCAGCUGGGACACAUGCUCAAUGUUACAGGGGGUGAAUAUUCCAAUACUGCAAUGCGGGAAAUUGGACCCUUCCUGAAGUAUAUGGAAAGCGAAUAUAACGUCAAGGUGUGGUUCAAUAACAAGGGCUGGCAUUCCAUGGGCUCCUUCCUGAACGUGGCCAACAAUGCCAUCCUCAGGGCAAACCUGCCACUAAGCGCCAACCCGGCAGAUUACGGCAUCACCGCUAUCAACCACCCGCUCAACCUGACCAAGGAACAGCUGUCUGAAGUCACUGUGCUAACGACGUCUGUGGACGCAGUGGUAGCCAUCUGUGUGAUCUUUGCCAUGUCCUUCAUCCCAGCCAGCUUUGUACUCUAUCUGAUCCAGGAGAGGGUGACCAAAGCCAAGCACCUUCAGUUUGUCAGUGGAGUCAGUCCCCUGGUCUACUGGGUGGCUAAUUUCUUCUGGGACAUGCUGAACUAUUCGCUGAGUACUGCUGUGGUCGUCAGCAUCUUCAUAGGCUUCGAUAAGAAGUGCUACACCUCUCCAACCAACCUCCCCGCCCUUGUGUCUCUGCUUUUGUUGUAUGGGUGGUCGGUGACGCCGAUGAUGUACCCCAUGUCCUACAUCUUCAACAUCCCCAGCACAGCCUACGUCUCACUGUCCUGCAUCAACCUGUUCAUUGGCAUCAACAGCAGUGCUAUCACCUUCAUACUGGAGCUGUUCGAGAACAACCAGGCCCUACUCAAGUUCAACGAGCUGCUGAAGAAGGCACUGCUGCUGUUUCCCCAUUUCUGCCUGGGCCGCGGUCUGAUCGACAUGGCCAUGAACCAGGCCGUGACCGACGUCUACGCCCGCUUCGGGGAAGAACAUAGUCCUAAUCCCUUCCGAUGGGAUUUUGUGGGAAAGAACCUGGUGUUCAUGGCAGUGGAAGGCCUUGCAUACUCCACCUUAAAUAUCCUGAUCCAGUACCGCUUCUACCUCGAUCACUGGUUGUCAGACCUCAAGGGACCAAUCGAAAUAGACGAAGAUGAUGAUGUCACCCAAGAGCGGGAGAGGCUUCAUACUGGCAGGAGCAAGAAUGACAUCCUACAGAUGAAGGACCUGUGCAAGACCUACAUGGGCCAGACGAGGCCGGCAGUGGAUGGCAUAUGCCUGGGCGUACCUGCAGGGGAGUGUUUUGGUCUCCUCGGCGUUAACGGAGCCGGGAAGACAACCACCUUCAAGAUGCUGACGGGAGACACGGAUGUCAGCUCUGGGGACGCUUCCGUCGCCGGUUACAGCAUUCUGACCAACAUCCUUGACGUCCACCAGAACAUGGGCUACUGUCCCCAGUUUGACGCCAUCGACGAGCUCCUGACUGGACGGGAGCACCUCCAUCUCUACGCUCGCCUCCGUGGGGUGCCCGAGUCUGAGAUUGGCAGGGUGGCAGAGUGGGCUGUCCAGAAACUGGGUCUGUCUAAGUAUGCAGAGUGCAACGCCGGUACCUACAGCGGUGGAAACAAGCGCAAGCUCUCGACGGCUAUAGCCAUGAUCGGCUGCCCAUCUCUGGUCCUGCUGGAUGAGCCUACCACCGGCAUGGAUCCACACUCCCGUCGCUUCCUGUGGAACUCCAUCUUGAGUGUCAUUCAGGAUCGGCGAGCUGUGGUCCUCACAUCUCACAGCAUGGAGGAAUGUGAGGCGCUCUGCACCCGCCUGGCUAUCAUGGUCAAUGGGACCUUCAAAUGUCUCGGCACAAUCCAGCACCUAAAAUACAAGUUCGGUGACGGCUACGUGGUCACCAUGAAGAUCAGGCCCGGCAGAGCUGGGAUGAGCCCGGACCUCCGGCCGGCUGAAGCCUUCAUGGAGAGCAGCUUCCCGGGCUGCGUGCAGAGAGAGAAGCACCACAGCACGCUGCAGUACGAGGUCCCCGUCUGCUCGCUGGCCCGCAUCUUCCAGCUGGUGCUGACCAACAAGGAGAAGCUCAACAUCGAGGACUACUCAGUCUCCCAGACGACGCUUGACCAGGUUUUUGUAAACUUCGCCAAACAGCAGCAGUUGGGAGAGGAGGAUAACCUGGUGUUACACCCACGGGCAGCCGGGGGGCGCCGAGGGACAAAGAUCACUCCGCUCAAAGGAAAGACAUCCCGAAGGGGAAGAAUAGUUAGGAAUAAUGACUAAAUGUUAUCAGAGGUAUAGGACCCCUGCAGAGAUGGGAAAGGCCCUCAGCGAGGAAACAUCUGUAACGAAAAACUACGUUUAUUAUUUAUUUUUAACUUUAUUUUUUUCUCAGUCUACAUGAGUACUUGUCUGUCCUUGUUAAUUGACAGCGCGAGUGUUAUCGAUAGCUGCGGGUGUCGCGCGACCGGCGUUUCUGUCCGCGUACUUUCGCAUCAAACACCCGCGGGGUAAUAUUAUCUAACGCCGGUAAUAUUGUAGCACACUUGAAUAAAUUAAUACUCCGUGUGGCGUUUGUCCUUUUUCCUUUUAUUGCAAAAUCUGCAAUCACAUAGCCUACAAACAGUUAGCGGGUUAGCAGCGUGGAUGCCCGCGUGUGAACGCUACUUUGGCUGCGUUUAAUCUGAGCCAAAAUGCUGCGCCAAAUAAACAUGGAACACAUCCACACCAAUUAACCAACCAUCCAUUGCCUGAAAAUAUCUAGUACACUAAUACAAGCUAGGUUACUAACUAUUCCUCCAGCCAUUCACCACCGUCACUAGAUGCAUUUUAUGCGAACGCCAUUAAGCCGAUUCCGCCUUUAUACGGUACAAGUUUCACAUACGCUUCCUUUUAAAAUAAGAAAACAUUACUCGCUUUCUCACUGUUUACAUCUAUUACGCCAUUCCCCUCGCAUAUGCUUUUGUGGCUUCUUUGCUUACCUGCAAUCACAUACAAACAGUUAGCGGGUUAGCAGCGUGGAUGCCCGCUUGUGAACGCUACUUUGGCUGCGGGAGUGGUGAGAGGAAAGUACUGUGCGUGAACUGCAAGUUGCGGUGGUAAAUUUCUUUCCUUCAGUUCAAAGUGUGGCCAAACAUAACAAGUCAUCUCAAAUAUAAAUAAAAUAUUAUGGGGGUAGCCUGGGAUAGGCAUAAAACAGCCAGAUCCUUACACUCUCCCCCCCUAGAAGAAAUGACAUCCCGACAUUGAUAUCACCAAUCCACCUUAUGCUCAUUGCACAGUAUUGUCCUGGUGGUCCGAAUAGGAGGCAGCAGUCCAUAUAAAAGGAACACAAGAUACACCGCUGUAAGCAGUUCCACAUGUGACGUCUGUCUCCUCUUAACGUCACAUGGUUGCCGUGAGUGUCAUUGUGCACGAUAACAGUCCACAGCGGCCUCAGCCAUUGGCCAGGAUCUCUGUAUCUUUCCUGAGAGAAAGGUACUCAGACGGAGUCCUAGUUCAGUACCAUCACAUAAUGUAUGUGGUUUGGUACAUCUGUGAUGGGUUCUUUCAAAUGAUCAGUACCAUGUAACCAAAUGACUGCAACAUAUCAACUGAACAUUAACAUUACACUAUCCACUCAUGUCAGUAUCAUUUCAAAGUGACAAUUAACACCAUUAAUGCGAAAAGGGAAUAAAGUGGGCUGUCCCACUUGAUUAUAAGUUAACAUCUGUUUCGGCUUGCCAUUUUGGUUGACAUUACAUCACAUCUUAAUGAGCUCAGUUUAAAGCUGCAGGGCCAAAACAAUUCCGUUUCUGAUUUGAUGACAGCUGCUCGCUCUUUCCAGAGGAAGCUGGACAUUUUCAAAGAAGAUCUUGAAGGAGAGUGUGAACACUUCCCAAAACUGCAGGAACAGAUUCAGGAGGAUUUCCAAAGGAGGCGACUCAGACAUUCAAGUGGGCACAUGCAGGAUCUCUACAGCUUGAGCUCAUUCAUCUGCAAGGAAAUGCUGCAUUAAGAGAGCAUUUUGAGACUCUGCUACUUUCUGGUUACAGACUAUUUCUGAGAGUGUGUUCCCUGGUCUAACCAAAGUAGCACUGCAUGCCUUGACUGUGUUUGGAUCGACUUACAGCUGUGAGUCAGCUUUUUCCACUAUGAACAUGAUCAAAAACAAGUACCGUUCUAGGCUCAACAAUGAACACCUACAUAUCUGCAUGAGAAUGGCACUAACUCCAUUCCAACCAAGAUCUAAAUUACUGGCAGGGCAGCCACAUGCCCAUUUCCCCAUUAAAAAAAAAAAAGAAGAAUUAAAAGAGGAAAGUUCAAAGAAAAAUGUUCAAAGCUCUGUUUGUAUUUCCCCCCUAAAAAGCCACUUGUUUUCUGAAGAUGUGGACUUUUUUACUUGAAAAGUAUAUAAGCCCUCAAUUGUUUUUAGGCUGGGACCUCCUUAUUUUAAGAACAAAGAAGAGAAAAUGUUAAGUCAAUGCUGUGUUUGCAUUUUUUAGUUAUUGUUUUCUGAGUUGACUUUUUUACUUGAAGUGUAGGCCUUCAAUUCUUCAGGUUGGGACCUCUUUAAUUUAAGAGAAAAAGGAGGUAUUCCACUCUGCACUUUUUAAAUUUAUUUUAUUCUGAGGUUUCUGUUUUCUUUAAUCUGAAAUAAAGGCCUUGAAUUUAUUUGCUAUAA